UUUUUUCAGUUUGAGAAACCUGACGCUCAUGUUUGUUGUUUGCCAGCUAAACCCUCGAAGUACCUCCGCUUGGUUUAGGAUCAUCUGUCACGGCCAGCUUAUUUAAUGUUAGAUACUUUUGCUAGGAAUAUAUCUAUAUCGUUGGGGAGUUUUGGUAGUUUUGUAAUGACUGAGUUACGUCAGGCGGUGUUUUUGGACACGUUUUUUUUCAGCUAAGAUCAAGCUUAAUAUCGAUUCGCCGUUUGAUAAACUGGGCAGCAAUGAGUAAUAGCGGUACUCUGGCUGGUCAGACUUGCUUUCGCUCUGCUGGAUAGGCGAACCUGGUACACUGUGAACUCUCCAUCUUCUAAGCUGCCAAGAGCCGACACAUAGCUGCCAAAGUCAAGAAGUCUUUCUCGGUGCCUGUGUCAACUAUGGAGACCGCUCAAGUGACUUUGGCUGUCAGAGGAGAAACAUCCCCAGGGCAGGUGAUUGCAGUUGUUGGUAGCUGUGAAGCCCUGGGAAGCUGGAACCAUCAAAAAGCUGUGACCUUACACCCUGAUGGGAAUGAUGGAAAUACGUGGACUGCAACAAUCACUGUACCUAAAGGAGUUGUUUCCAAGUACCGGUAUUUCAAAGGCUUCUUUCUGGAGGCAAAGCUCAUCAGCAGGAAGGGGAGAAACAGAUUUCAACCCAUGGUGGCUGACUGCCCUAGCUGGGGAUUGAGUGCGGGUGGUCCCUGUCAAGUGAUAGUCAGUAUGUGGGAGACCCAUCAUCAGCCCCGCACGAUGAGCCCCACAGCAUCACACCAGAAUAUUGAUGAUGGACAAUUUGGCAUUCACAAUGGGGUGAAUUGUGUUGACUCUGGGUGGCUGACGUGCCAGACAGAGAUUCGCCUGCGUCUGCACCAUUCUAAGGUGUCGCCAGUGUCUAUCACAAAGAAGAAAUUCAAGACGUCUCGCUUCAGAAUCAAGCUGACAGAGGACGUUGAGGAGGAGGAAGAUGAGGAGGAAGACGAGCUCAGUCUUAGAUCUUUGCACAAGAUGACCACCACUCUGGAGAUCAGUAUGAUCAGUGCCAAUGGCUAUAAGUCACGCCACUCGCAGCCUGAAUGUGGGUAUGCAUUGGAGCCGUCCCAGUGGACUGAGUACAUUAUCCACACCAUGGACCCAGACAACCUAGAGCUCACCUUUGAGUUCUUUGAGGAGGAUCUGGGUGAGCAUGUAGUCCAGGGGGAUACUCAUCCAGGACAUGUGGGCACAGCUUGCCUCCUCUCCUCCUCUUUUUUGGAGAUCGGUAAGGACAACGGAUUGGCCACACUUCCCAUAAUGGGUCGAAAUUCCAAACAGACCAUCGGGAAAGUCAGAGUGGAUUACCUGGUGAUCCGGCCCAUCCAGGGGCAGCAGUGUGACAUGAGCUCCUCCUUCACCAAGUACUGGAAAAAAAGAGGUGCUCUGGAUGUGGGUCACAGAGGAGCUGGCAGCACACACGCAGCCAAGCACCACAGAGUCAGGGAAAACACAAUAGCCUCAUUUAAAAGCGCUGCCAAGCAUGGUGCAGCCUAUGUAGAGUUUGAUGUUCACCUCUCCAAGGAUGCUGUUCCCAUUGUAUACCAUGAUCUGACAUGCUGUAUAUCCACCAAAAAGAAAAAUGACCAGACUUCUCUGGAGCUUAUUGAGGUGCCAGUCAAAGACUUGACAUUUGAUCAGCUGCAGCUGCUGAAGCUUGCCCAUGCGACUGCGAUGAAAGGACACGAUGACAAAGAUCUGCUGGACGAUGAAGAUGAAAUCGAUGAGCAUCAGCCAUUCCCCUCACUCUCACAGAUCUUCCAAGCUAUUCCUGAGCAUGUGGGCUUCAACAUUGAGCUCAAAUGGAUCUGCCAGAUGAAGGACGGGUCAUGGGACGGCAACCUAUCAUCCUACUUCAACAUGAAUACCUUCCUCGACAUCAUCCUGUCCUGUGUUCUGCAGAAAGGCGGGAAUAGACGCAUUGUCUUCUCCUGCUUCGACCCAGACGUCUGCACCAUGGUCCGUCAAAAGCAGAACAAGUACCCCAUCCUCUUCCUGACUCAGGGAAUUUCAGACCGGUAUCCUGAGCUUAUGGACAUCCGCUGCCAGACCACUCAGAUCGCCAUAAGUUUCGCCCAGAGUGAGAAUAUUCUGGGGAUCAGUGGCCACACUGAGGAGCUGCUGAAGAACCUUAACUACAUUGAGGAAGCCAAGUCUAAAGGCCUGGUGGUGUUCAGCUGGGGAGAAGACAACAACGACCACGAGACCAGAAGGAUGCUGAGGGAGAAGGGAAUUGAUGGGCUCAUCUACGAUAGUAUCUGUGAGGACCAAGGAGAGCAACCCAACCUCUUCCAGAUAGAGGAGCAACACUCCCUGCAGGAGGUUAUUACAGAGGAGACCCUAAACAGCUCCUCCUGUUCCUGCUACUCCAUUCCCUGCUCCAUGGCUCCCUGCAUUGGCUACAAGACCCACGCAGGCAGCGGCGAGUCCGAUUCUGGCCUCAGCUCCUCAUAAAUAUCCCUCAACUUUACCUUUCAAUGGACCUCACUGCACAUCCAAACUCAAAAGGACCACGGUGGGAAUGGAUGCUUAAACAUGUACUCACUAAAAAAUUACAGCUUACAGGAGGUUUGUGUAUAUAUUCUAAAACUGAUUGAAGAUUGUGACAAGAUUGUGACAUUUCUUUCUCCCCUUGAAACAUGAUCACAAGUGUAAAACCACUUAAACCAUCUCCACUCCAGUCUACUCUAUUACAGAUUUUUUUCUAUUGUCUUGUAUCUUCACAAGUUUUGUUAUUUAUGCUUUCUAUUGAAAUAGGUGGAUGUUUUGCCAAAACAUUAAGGCAGCCAUGCAUAUGUUUUAAAUAUUUCCCCCGUUUAGGCAUCAGAGCAGGCUGUACAGGGGUCUGCAUAAUAGUGGCACAAUGUCAAAUUGGGGAAUUAUGCUUCACAGUGGAAACUUAUUUAACCAAUAUGUUGCAUCUCUCUGUCUCAUCUGUCUUAAGUGCUAAGUUUUAAUGCAUAUGAUAUUUUACGGGUGUAAAAGUGUAACAGAACUGCAAAUUGUAUAUCAUAAAGUUUAUGAUGAUGCAGGAUUAUGCUGUUUUUCUGUUUCUGCUGUUAUGUCUUUUCUGUGCAUGUUGCCAUUAUUUUCAUUGUCUCAAAUGUAAGCAGUGAGUAAUAGCCACUGAUUGCUAUUUCAGGUAAGAGAGAGGGAGGGCAGAAUGUUUUAUUUGUGACAGUUCAUAUACAUACGACAGCCUUAAGAGGGAAAUGAUCAUGUCUGUUUCUUGCCUCUUGUUUCAAAAUCGCCAAUACCUCACUCAUCAUCUAUUAGAAUAGACAAGAGUUGAAAUGUCUGUACAGGAUGAACAAAUGGUUCUUAUACUUCCUUCCUAUAAAUCCUCUUUAACUUCACAACACUCAUACUUUUUAUUGCAUUCCAUAUUAUUUUUGGGCACCAAUUACACUUGAAAUAAUUCAUCAUUUGAAUAGCAAAGUGGUUCAUUAGUAUAAUUCAAUGGUAAUGCUGCAUUUUGAACAGCAAAACAAAUCCAUUUAUAGUAUAUCUUCUGUGUAUCUGUCUCAUCGCACAAUCUCUUCACUCCAAACUUUAAUGAUUGAGUCGUGCAUGGUCUGUAAAUCUGUAUGAAUGAAUAACCAGGGAGAAUUAAUGAAUCUAGUGUGUAAUAUUAACUGCCAUUUCAGGACAGAAGAGUGUAAAUGAUAAUGUUAAAUAAAAUCAAAACCUAUAUGCGUUUA